AUGUCCUGGUUCAAAGGCCUGCCGGGAGCUGAAUCAGCAGUGGAUAAAGGACACCGCUACAACAUAUCUUAUCCAAACACAUUCCUCAGCUCAGGAGAAGGAUCGCUCAUCAUCACCAAUGUCUCCUUGGAGGAUACUGGGAGAUACACCUGUAAAAUGAUGGUCUGGGGUCUAGGCGAAGUACGUGGGAAUGGAAUAAAUCUACAGGUUUAUGAUUCAUAUGCCUCAGACUUGAACACUGAUCCAAAUACUAUUUGCAAUCAGAGACAUGGGCGUUGUCUGGACAACUCAUAUCCUGCUACAGAAGUGGUCUCUGGCCAUGUGAUUGGUAACAACUUUCUUCUCCUUCCCACAGCCCGUCCCUCCCAUCCCAUCAUUUUCUUACAGAUCCAAACUGAACCCAAGCCAAGUUGGACCCUUGUUUGCAGAACACAUGGCUUCUACCCAGCUUCAGUGCAGCUUACAUGGUAUCUUUCUCGACAAAAGCUACCUUCAUCCCAGCAAAAUUGGACAGACCCCGCCGGGUUCCACCAGGCCUCCAGCUUCCUAGAUCUGCCUUACCCCCACCAGAAAACAAGCUACACUUGCAAUUUGGAGCAUCCAUCCUUGAUUGGACCAAUAAAUGUUCAGUAUUUCUAUGAACCCCAACUUCAGAGCUGCUUAACUUCUUCAUCGAUUGAGAUCCUGAAUCUGCUCAAGAUUGGAACAAUCUUCAGCAUCACCAUUGGCUUUCUGGCACCAGUGUGUGUAGGUUUCUGCAAAAAGCAUCCAGGAAGAUCCCCCAUUGCUCAUUUUACAGGAUCUCAACGCAUCCUGGAUUCCCACACCAAAGGAGUCUUUUAAGAGAAAGACAAAUGCAACUUUUGCAGAGCAAUGGACCCAUUUUAAUAUAUCUACAUUUGAAGAGAGAAUUCUACUUCAUGUCUAAUAAGAAAACAGGAAUUUCAAUUUAUAAUCUGUUGUAUAUGUUUUGCUCCUAUAGAUAGAUACAAUUUUUUUUGAUUGACUGGUUUGUUUUGUUGUGCUAUAUGUUAUCUAUACAGGAUGUCUAUAAGGCCACUGCUUAUUUUUAGUAUACCAUUUAAAAUAUUUUUAAAAAUCUAUCCCUGUAACCCUACAAAAUCCAACAGUAGAAGAUAGCCAAACAUCUUUCUGCUCUUUGUGGAAUAGUUCUGGAGUUCUUUUUAAAAUCUUUAUCUUACCAUUAAAACAUUCAGCAACAAUAAAUAUAUA